AUCUCCUUGUGUUGUUGUUUUGCUGCUUUUUUUUUAAACUUCUGAAGAAGAAGAAAGAAGGAAGUGCUAGACUUAUUUAUAGCAUCAGCAUCACUCACCCCUUGUAUUUGGGGAUACUUUUAGAGUCCCCCUUUUUAAUCUUUCAUUUCGAAGCAAUUUCAUAGUCAAGUUUUGGGAGGAAAAAAACAUGUCCUACCAGUUUAUCGUCAGUUUGAUUGCGGUCUACCUAUCUACAGUGAUUCUGUGUGUCAGUUCCGUAAAUCUGAGGAUUGAUGAGUUUGAGGAAAGAGAAUGCUACGGUACAACGGUUGGUUUUGGAUAUUCUGGGACACUUGAGUUUCACUAUCAGAACCUGAAGAAGAGAUACACCGGGUGUACUUAUAUCCAUGGAAACCUUGAACUUACAAAUCUGGUGGAUCCCAAACUCAACUACGAUCUUAGCUUUCUCAAGACUAUUCGCUACGUCAGCGGCUAUGUCCUGAUUGGCUUAGUAACUGAAGUUGAGAUUAUACCAUUGGACAGUCUGCAAGUCAUUAGGGGCAAUCAAACGUACAGGAUUAUGGACGAUGACUACAGCCUUGUUGUUGGUCUAACAUCUCGCAAUGAUGAUAGUUCUUGGGGACUGAAAGAAAUCCAUUUGCCACAACUGAAAGAGAUCUCCAAUGGUAAAGUGUUGUUUUUGGGAAACCCUUUCCUGGGUUACAUCAACACAAUAGACUGGGAACCCAUUUUGAGGGGACGACAGGAUGCUGCACACUUUCAGGAUGGUCCUUACAAUGAAUCAGUUGCCAAUAACAAAGACACAACAUUGUGUGAAAGGGGACGCAGGUGGGGAGACAGCAAGGCAUUGUGCCAACAAGCUGAUCCACGCAAGUCUGGACCGUGCCAUGCUGACUGUAAUGGUCGUUGUUUUGGGCCAGAGAGUAGCCAAUGCUGCCACAACUCCUGCGCUGUUGGUUGUGACGGACCUUCUGAUGACCAGUGUUGGAUGUGCAAAGACUAUCAGUACGAGGCUCACUGUGUCGGCUUCUGUCCACACAAGUCUUACCCUAAGCUCCAAGACUGCAUACAGUAUUGAUUGAUUUCAGCUAGUGAUGAUGAACAUUGGUGUUGAACAUUUAAUAUCUUUUAUUUCAAUAUAUUACUCUAUUCAUCGUCAUUCAAUCCAGCAAUCUAUAUUAGUGAAUAUCUAUAAAAUAUUUACAAAGGCACUGACUGAUUCCUUCACUACUCAUUAUUAAUUCUUUCACUUGGGAUGGAUGAAAUAAAAUGAAAAGUUAACCUGCUAUAACUUACAUUGUGCUUAGAAUUAAUAAGCAUCUUUCACUAUGGAAACGGCAGCGGUUAAUUUUCCCAUAAACUAUUUUGAUUUUUCUUCCCAGUUUAUUUAUGGCGACUUCCUAAUGUUUAAUAGCAGAAACAGAAUUUUUGUGGGUGAGCGUUUUUUUUAUUAGCACAUUUGGGUUUGCAGAGGCAUUACCAUUUUUUUUAAAUUAAGAAUAGUCACCAGUAAUAAUAGAAAACUUAUGUAUAAUGUAAAGGAAGAUAACCAACGAACAAUUCGUAGCGACAGGAAAAUGUAUAUUGUUAUAUCUGUGGUGGCGACGCGAAUAGGGGUACUCGUGUGUGUGUGUAAACAGCUGACACAGAUAACAAAGGCCAGCUCUAGGUGAGCAGUCAACGGUGAUGGGCAGGGACGCUUCAGGAAAGAUCUGAGUUCUGAACACUACUCAGGCCAAUCACAGUAGAAUAUGGUCUCAUGUGAUCAACCAGAAUGAACUAACGAUGUUCUAUCAGAUCCAGAAAACCUUCAGAGAACCUAUAUACAGAGCGAAGGUGUCAGAGUAUGGACGGUUCACUAUUUAGUUCCGGUACAGUAGAGUCUUCACAGCAGUACAGACUUUAUACAGCAGUAGGGUUAUUGACGGUGGAACAUUUUUACAGUCAAAGUACUGAGUUGUCAAUUGUACAGUGUUGACUGUGAAUUUAUUAGACAUUAAAUAGCUACUUUUUGUAAA